CCCAGAGACCGUCAACUCCAGCACGCUAACCAAUGCUGCCGCCAGCGCCUAGGAGACUUCCCUCCUUUCCACGACCUCACCCUCCCCAGCGGGCCGGGAACCGGGUUCAACUCCGCCUCGUCUGUGAUCUCAACAGGGAAAGAAAGGAGAGCAGCAGCAGCAGCAGCAGCAGGACGACGAGAGUGGAGACCUCCCCCGGGCCGGGAAAAGCCCAGCCCAGCCGGCCCGCCUGCCUGCGGCCUGGUGGUGGCGUCUCUCCUCCUCCGUCCCCUCCCUCGCUCCCCCGCCUUCCCUCCCCCGCUCGCCUGCCUGACACGCUCGCUUUCUUUUCCCCCUCACAGGCAUUUCCUGCGCGGGGCCAGGCAGGGCCCAGUCGGGCGGAGCGGGGUGGCUGCCGCGGCGGAGUCAAAGCAACAGUUCACUUUCACAUGAUAGCUGCAUUUCAUGAUUGAGCAUGAUAGCUGAUGUUCCCUUGCUGAAUCCAUACUCCUGAGUGUCACAUGGAGGUUGACUUCCUCCAAGAAGAGUAUCUGUGAAGGGUUUCGUGGAAUUAUAUGCUGUGAAGAAUUUUCAGUGUGAACAAGAUUGACUUGGCCAUGCACAACAUGACUUAACCACUGUCCCCCAAACAUGACCUAACUGUACUCCUUCUCAAUAGUGAGCUUAUGUUUAAAAUGUUUAGGGUGGCUUGUGUGCUUUGAUCUAUUUCUGAUGAAUGUUAUAGCCAUGAGUUUACAUCGGCAAAUGGGAUCUGAUAGGGACCUGCAAUCUUCUGCCUCUUCUGUCAGCUUGCCUUCAAUUAAAAAGGCACCAAAGAAAAGAAGAAUUUCACUGGGGUCUCUCUUUCGAAGAAAAAGGGAUACAAAACGCAAAUCCAGGGAUAUAAAUGGAGGUGUGGAUGGGAUUGCGAGUAUUGAAAGUAUACACUCAGAAAUGUGUACUGACAAGAAUUCUAUAUUCUCCGCAUAUAUGUCUUCUGACAAUGGAACAACUAUCAGCAGCAAACAAAGCGGAGACUUCAUGGAGUGUCCCCUGUGCCUUUUGCGGCACUCUAAGGAGAGAUUUCCAGAAAUAAUGACUUGUCACCAUAGAUCUUGUGUGGAUUGCUUACGCCAGUAUCUUCGGAUAGAAAUAUCUGAGAGCAGAGUUAAUAUCAGCUGUCCAGAGUGCUCUGAGCGAUUUAAUCCCCAUGAUAUUCGAUUGAUACUAAAUGAUGACAUCUUGAUGGAAAAAUAUGAAGAAUUUAUGCUUAGAAGAUGGCUCGUUGCAGACCCUGAUUGUAGAUGGUGUCCUGCUCCAGACUGUGGGUAUGCAGUGAUUGCUUUUGGCUGUGCAAGCUGUCCUAAACUUACGUGUGGGCGUGAAGGCUGUGGAACAGAGUUCUGCUACCACUGUAAACAGAUUUGGCAUCCGAACCAGACCUGUGAUGCUGCUCGCCAGGAGCGAGCUCAAAGUUUACGCCUGAGAACAAUUCGCUCUUCAUCUAUUAGCUACAGCCAGGAGUCUGGAGCAGCAGCUGACGACAUAAAGCCAUGCCCACGCUGUGCUGCUUAUAUAAUAAAGAUGAAUGAUGGAAGCUGCAAUCACAUGACAUGUGCUGUUUGUGGCUGUGAAUUCUGUUGGCUGUGUAUGAAGGAGAUAUCAGAUUUGCAUUAUUUAAGUCCAUCAGGUUGCACGUUCUGGGGGAAAAAGCCAUGGAGUCGGAAGAAGAAAAUCCUGUGGCAGCUGGGCACACUUGUGGGUGCACCUGUGGGAAUUGCCUUAAUAGCUGGUAUUGCUAUUCCGGCUAUGAUUAUUGGAAUCCCUGUAUAUGUGGGGCGUAAGAUUCACAAUCGCUAUGAGGGCAAAGAUAUUUCCAAGCAUAAGCGGAACUUGGCCAUUGCAGGUGGUGUAACCCUGUCUGUAAUCGUUUCACCAGUUGUAGCUGCAGUUACUGUAGGAAUAGGUAUUCCUAUUAUGUUGGCCUACGUGUAUGGAGUGGUUCCCAUCUCCCUCUGCCGAAGUGGAGGUUGUGGUGUAUCUGCUGGCAAUGGAAAGGGUGUCAGAAUAGAAUUUGAUGAUGAAAAUGAUAUAACAGUUGGUGGAACCAAUGCAGCAGUAGAUACCACUUCAGUAGCAGAAGCACGUCAUAACCCUAGCAUAGGGGAAGAAAGUGUUGGAGGAUUGACCGGAAGCCUGAGUGCAAGUGGCAGCCAUAUGGAUAGAAUAGGUGCCAUUCGAGACAACCUGAGUGAAACAGCCAGCACCAUGGCUCUGGCCGGAGCUAGCAUAACGGGGAGCCUAUCAGGAAGUACAAUGGUCAACUGUUUUAACAGGUUGGAAGUCCAAGCGGAUGUGCAGAAGGAGAGAUGCAGUCUGAGUGGUGAAUCAGGCACCGUUAGUUUAGGAACAGUUAGUGACAAUGCCAGCACCAAAGCAAUGGCUGGAUCCAUUCUAAAUUCCUACAUCCCCUUAGACAGAGAGGGCAACAGUAUGGAGGUGCAAGUAGACAUUGAAUCAAAGCCCACGAAAUUCAGACACCACAGUGGAAGCAGCAGCGUCGAUGAUGGCAGUGCUGCGGGUCGUAGUAAUGCUGGUUGUUCCUCGGCCUGCUUGUCUGAAAACAAAUCUAGUGCCACCAAGUGGUCCAAAGAUACAUCAGCAGGGAAAAAAUGCAAAGGUAAACUAAGAAAAAAGAGUAGCAUGAAGAUAAAUGAGACCAGAGAGGAUAUGGAUGCUCAGUUGUUGGAGCAGCAAAGCACAAACUCCAGUGAAUUUGACUCUCCCUCUCUCAGUGACAGUAUCCCAUCUGUAGCUGACUCCCACUCGAGUCAUUUUUCUGAGUUUAGCUGCUCCGAUAUGGAGAGUUUGAAAACCUCAUGUAGCCAUGGGUCCAGUGAUUAUCACACUCGCUUUACUACAGUUAGUAUUCUCCCAGAGGUCGAAAAUGACCGUUUGGAAAACUCUCCACACCAAAGUGGCAAUUCUUUGCUUGGCCCAGCUGCUCCAAACUCAGAGGUUCCACAACUGAGUUACAUUGCUGAAGAAUGUGCUUAUAAUGGGACUGCAAGUGGUGCAGAUGUGGGUCCUGGUGAAACACUGAAAGAAACCAACAACAACCAUUCACAGCAUGCUGUGGAGUUACACACUGCAAUUCAGACUGAGAUUUAAACCUGUUAAGUGCUGCAGAAAUGUAUUUACCACUAUAAAGCCCUUGUAGCUGGUCAGGUAACUUUUCAAGUGGCCAGCAGAAUCAAGGCUCUGAUGCAAUUUACGUUUUAUAUAUGUCUCUAUUAAGGCAGAAUGCUUUGCUUGGAACUUGGUUUCAGAGCUAUGUGAAGUGACAUGAAGGUUUUAACAAGUGCAUUACAAUGAAACAAUAUGUUAAUGUUUUGUAUUCUUGCCAUAACUUUGCUUGGAGGUCUGUAUUGGUAUACUCAUAUUGGGAGGGAAAGGCUAGCUCAUGUUAAAUGCUAAAGUGGCUGUUACUGAGUUUUUACAUGAAUCUUGUAAGUGGAUUUCAAGUGUACAGCAGCAACUUAACAUCAUGCUGGGGUGAACCGUACAUAUUAAAAGAAUUGCUAGAACUAUACCAAAUAUGUUUCAGUGAUAAUGUUUUCUCUGGAGCAGAAUGUAAUCUGUGUUAAAUUAUGCCGAGGCAGGUCUUUGAGCAAGGUUAUGGCAUUUAGCAUAACUUUAAAUACAAAAACUGGUACUUGAUAUAUGAUAGGUAGCAAAGUGACGUCUCCUUAUCAAGAGAGUGGGGGUAACUUAAUUAUAUUUGCAACUGACAGCAGCAGUUAAGGUUUAUGAUAUGCUGUAUAAAGUUUUUGUAAAAUCAUUUUAAUUUGUAAUCAUUGUAGAGAAGCUGAUAGUUUCGCUAGGAACUUCAGUUUAUGCUGUUUAAUUCUUGGUGCCUUUGGAGAAGACUGGGGUUUUAAGUGCCUGGUCUGUUGCUGAUUUCACUGUCAAGUUUUCCAGAAUGUCCUCCUUUGCCACCUUUUUGGAAUAUAAAGGAAAACUACAGCAAAUCAACUGACUGUGGUAGAUUAAUGGGUAUCUCAUAAUACAGAAGUAUUAGCCUACCAAAGACUCACUCAGGCUUUUAGUGGUUAACUUUUCUGACAUCCCUUUGCAAGUCAUGUGCACAGAAACAAAGCACAGUGCAGAGCUUGCACAAAUACAAAAUAUGGACUCCAAAUAUGGCUGGCUUCUGGUGGCGGGGGGAGGGAGGGGGUCCCACUCUUCUUGCUUAUGGAAGAUAUCCAGCUGAACACAAGCUGAAGCUAGCUCAGGCGCCUGCACUGUUAGAUGUUUGCUACACGAUUCAUAAUGAUGUCCAUGUACCCUCUGUCCCUCGCUGAGAGGGGGCGGGCGGGGGGGAAUCCUGGCAUAACAGCCUCCAAUCUUUUGUUUUGUAUUUCUUGUAAGUAUUGCCAUUAUGGUGCUACUGAACAUUUGGUUUUGUGAGAAGAAUGCUGCCAUGGGCUGCAGUCCUCUUCCAUGCCCUCCCCCCACCCCACCCCAGUUUCUUUAAUCUGCUUAUAACACUAGUGCCAGGUAUGUUAUUUGGUAACGCUUGUUACAAUAUUUGUAUAUUUGCUGUUUUCAUUUGCUCAAUGAUGUGUGUAAACUACAUACCUGAAAUAAAUGUCUGAAUACUA